UACCAAGACCUGAUGUGAUUGGGUCAAAUUUUUAGUCUGUUAUUACUCUGUUGUCGGUGUUAGCCAUCAGAUACAGAUAUAAAAAAAUCUUUGGAGGUUAUGUGUAAGGUUGCUUGACAGUUUAUUUGUUGUUCUUUUUUAAUAAAUAGUGGUUUCUGGUUAAUAUUUACACAUCACUAAUAUUUGUUAUAAAAAUGGAUUCAGUAAACGGUUCUGAUCGUACAAUUACUGAAUUAAAAGCAGAUGGUAUUUUUAAAAAACCUAUAUUGAUAGGAAAAAUCGGUCGUUUGCCAAGAAAAAUGGUACAAACUACUUCCAAUGAGCCACCCGCACCUGUGGAAAACCAACAAAAAGAUGUUAUUGAGCAAAAUGUCGAAAAUUCUGUAUCAAAAGAGUCAUUAAUUGUUUCAGAAAACUUGGAAAUAGUGACAGAUCGGCAAACCACGGAUAAUAGUGUACCGUUACCUUAUAAAGAACCUUCAUGGUCUGGUUUACCCCAGUCAAAUGGAAAACAUUACGUUUUUGAAGUGUUAAAAAAUGGUGCUAUUAUAGAAACAAUCAAUUUAAUGGAACGAUCAUUUUGGGUAUUUGGAAGAUUACCUAGCUGUAAUAUUUCUAUGCAGCAUCCUACAAUAUCCAGAUAUCAUGCCGUCUUGCAAUAUAGAUAUCAAAGUACGGAAAGUGAUAGUUGCGGAUUUUAUAUUUAUGAUUUAGGAAGUACACAUGGUACAUUUUUAAAUAAAAACAGGCUUAAACCUAAAGUCUAUGCUAGGGUACAAGUUGGCCAUAUGCUCAAAUUGGGAUGUAGUACAAGAUCUUAUAUUCUUACUGGCCCUGAAGAUGAUGCAGAGCAAGAAUCUGAAUUUACAGUUACUGAAUUAAAGCAAAAGCGCGCUGAAGAGUUAUUAAAACGUGAAGAAGAAAUUAGAGAGGCAGAAAAACGAAAAGAAGAAAUGCGAAAGAAGGAAGAAGAAAGAGGAAUAGAUUGGGGAUUAGGGGAAGAUGCCGAUGAAGAAACUGAUCUAUCGGAGAAUCCAUUUGCGCAGACUACUAACGAGGAACUGUAUUUGGAUGAUCCGAAAAAGGCACUGCGAGGCUUCUUUGAGCGGGAGGGUUUGGAACUAGAAUACGAUUGUAACGAACAGGGGUUAGGUCAGUUUCUAUGUAAAGUUGAACUUCCCCUUGACGACGAAUUGGGUCGACCGAUAGUAGCUGAGGUUCUUCACAAGGGAAAAAAGAAAGAAGCUGUUGUGCAGUGUGCACUCGAAGCUUGUCGUAUAUUGGAUAGGCAUGGAGUGCUACGCCAAGCUAUACAUGAGUCUCGUAAAAGGAAGGCUAAAAAUUGGGAAGAAAAUGACUUUUAUGAUAGUGACGAAGACACGUUUCUUGACAGGACUGGUACUAUAGAAAAGAAACGUGAAAAGAGGAUGAAAGCUAAGGUUCCGGAAAAGGCAGAAACAUAUGAAAGCUUGCUUGAAAAAGAGAAAUCAAUUGCUGCGACAAUUGCGGAUCUAGAGAAGCGAAUAUUAGAAGCCCAAGAAAGAAGUAACAAUGAUAAUAAUUCCACUACUGAAGAAGACACACUGGAUUCAUUUAUGAAAGGACUGAAAGACACUAAGCCAGACAAACAAACAUUAAGUAAGCUGAAACUAGAACUGUCUAAAAUGAAGGAUGAGCACGCCAAAGUCAUAAGGUUGGCGAAUAUCGCAAAACCUGCAAGUUUACCAGAAUUAGUGCCCCAACAGCCAGUUCCAAGUACAAGCACCAGUAGCGAUGUGAAAAGUAAAAUUUUGCCAGUUAUCGGAAAAAGGAGGAAAGUUAAACUUCAGCUGCCAACUAGAUCCGCGGUUGAUCAAUCAGUUUCAAGUAUGGACGUUGAUGGAGAAGAAGAAGAAGAGGAAGAUGAGGAGAAAGUAGCAGAAAAUGAACACGAAGACGAGAAACCUGUUAGUAAUACUGAAACUCGUACAUCAGAGGAGCAGAAUAGUGGAAAUACAGCCCUGGAGGUGGAAGUUAACAGCGGAUCUUCUUCAAAUUCAUCGGAUGAAGAUUUAACAGAAACUGGUGAAUUUAAUACUAUAAAAUCCCUUCACAAUACUAUGACUUUCAAGAAAUUUGAAAAGAUACUUAAGAAAGGACUCCCGCCUUUAGCAGAUAAACAUCAAGAAAAGUUAGAGAAAAUACUGAACAAUCUCAAAAAAUUAGCUGCCAACGAAGACAGGAUGCACGUCGACUGGAAAAUGCUAGCAGCAAAAAAACGUAAAGUAAUGAAACUAAUAUCAGAUUUGAGGCACUGCGAACCCAAUGAGAAAUUGGAACAUAAAGUGUCCUCGGAAUUAAACAGGCUACUGACUGAGCUUAACAUAAUGACGGAACAAAAAUACAAGGUGAUCGACGAGGUAAAAAAGAUGGGCAAUGAAAUUAAAAAUAUAUCCGAGGCUAUCGACAAAGACUUCAAGGCUUAUAAAAAAGGAAUGUCGAAAUCUGUCGGGGAAGACACAGAAGCUUGUACGAGUUCUACUACAACUAUAAGUUCAGUCAGUGAAAAAUCUGAGCCCACAAGUACUAGUAGAAGUACUUCUAUAGAAGAAGAUACGGAAUCUGAUGUUGCGGAUUUGGAUGAACGUAAGAAAAAGAAAAAUCAAAGAAGGAUUCAGCACAGGCAAGAGAAAGCCGAACUUGAAAGGCAAAGGGGCUACGAAGAGGACGCAACGAGAGAAGAUUACAACAUGUGGGUUCCACCCUCGGACCAGACAGGUGAUGGACGGACUAGUCUGAACGAUAAAUUGGGGUACUGAAUACUUUUAAUUAACUGGUUAGUGUAUUUUACGUAUCAUAACAUGUAAUAGUUCAUAUUUGUUAAUAUUUUUUGUUAGAUUUAUAGCGGAGUAAGAAAAUAAAAUGCUAUUAAGUAAUCA